AUGAUAAGUAGCUUUUUUCUUCUUCUUUUUUCCAGAUUUCUCUUUUCUCUCCCUCUCCUUUUUAUGUCUUUUUUUAUUAUUUCUUUUCUUUUUUUAUUUAGUGUGCUUCCUAUUCAUGAAAUAAAAGCAAAUAAGACUGAAAAGAAAGUGGGGAGGUGGGGCUGGGACAUUUUAUGGCAAGUGUUAGCUGCUGCAGUACGUUCGGGAAAAGUGACCCUGACCAUCCGCAGGCGUCCUCGCCGUGCUGCCCCACCGCCUGUACCACCAGAAAGACAGUCUUCCAUGCCGGAGUCUAUAUCACAGUACAGUGUCCAUGGUCUGCCACAUUACUCGUCUACAUCAGUUACCAGUCUUCCGGUUGACGAGUCCCCUGGCUGCUAUGACAACGGCGCCUAUGAUGAUUCUGGUCUCUUUAUGGGUACAGCUGGUUCGUGUGAUGAUGUUUUCAGUGUGUCUAUGACUGGCAGUCAUGUCUCCUCUGCUUCCAAGUUUCCCAGUCUGUCUAGUUCAAGUAUUCAAGGGCCAUACUCACCCAGCAUGAUACGACAUCAGCGCACUGCCUUGUUGUCCUCAUAUGAUGAUGACCCAUACUCAGUGGACAAAGUGCGGACCCAGAGCACCUCAGCAGUUGAGGAGGAGGUCAGCUGGAACGCUUCUCCAACACCUACAACAACGACAGCAACUCUACGGUCUGGACGGGGCACCCCUUCCAGCUGCCUCUCCCAGUCGCUGGAUAAUCUGGGUGAAAAUGCGUACCUUUCCAAUCUGAGAAACAUGUCUAGCAGGGAGAACAUCUAUACGCAUAGCUAUGAUAAGAUGAAUGACCCUGAACGUAAAGCACAUUUAAGGAAACGAGAGUUUGAUGGACUUUCUCCAGGAACUUUAUAUACUCCCCGCAGUGUUAUGUCUUCACCUACUGUUCAAGGAAAGGUUUUCCUGCCGCUGUCAUUUUCUCAAAUGGAGGACCAUGAGUCCCUGCACAGUUUCUCCCAUGAGGACAGUUUACUCCACCUGGACGCGUUAUCUUCCUCCUUCCUCCCUUCCUCCCACUUUACUCAUUCACGUUUUACUCUUUCCCCUCACUUUAUUCAUCCAAUUCUCUCUCUAUCUCUCUCCGCUUUACUCAUCCAGUUCUCUUUCUCUCUCCCCACCUUAUUUGUUCAUUUCUCAUUCUCUCUCCCCACCUUAUUUGUUCAUUUCUCUUUCUCUCUCCCCACCUUAUUUGUUCAUUUCUCUUUCUCUCUCCCCACCUUAUUUGUUCAUUUCUCAUUCUCUCUCCCCACCUUAUUUGUUCAUUUCUCUUUCUCUCUCCCCACCUUAUUUGUUCAUUUCUCUUUCUCUCUCCCCACCUUAUUUGUUCAUUUCUCAUUCUCUCUCCCCACCUUAUUUGUUCAUUUCUCUUUCUCUCUCCCCACCUUAUUUGUUCAUUUCUCUUUCUCUCUCCCCACCUUAUUCGUUCAUUUCUAUUUCUCUCUCUCUCUCCCCACCUUAUUCGCUCAUUUCUAUUUCUCUCUCCCCCACCUUAUUAAGCUCAUUUCUAUUUCUCUCUCUCUCCCCACCUUAUUCGUUCAUUUCUAUUUCUCUCUCUCUCCCCCCCACCGUUCAUUUCUAUUUCUCUCUCUCUCCCCCACCUUAUUAAGUUCAUUUCUAUUUCUCUCUCUCUCUCCCCACCUUAUUCGUUCAUUUCUAUUUCUCUCUCUCUCCCCACCUUAUUCGUUCAUUUCUAUUUCUCUCUCUCUCUCCCCACCUUAUUCGUUCAUUUCUAUUUCUCUCUCUCUCUCCCCACCUUAUUCGUUCAUUUCUAUUUCUCUCUCUCUCUCCCCACCUUAUUCCUCAUUUCUACUUCUCUCUCUCUCUCCCCACCUUAUUCGUUCAUUUCUAUUUCUCUCUCUCUCUCCCCCCACCUUAUUCGUUCAUUUCACUUACUCUCUCUCUCCCCACCUUAUUCGUUCAUUUCACUUACUCUCUCUCUCCCCACCUUAUUCGUUCAUUUCACUUACUCUCUCUCUCCUCACGAUAUUGGUUCAUUUCACUUUCUCUCUCUCUCCCCACUAUAUUGGUUCAUUUCACUUUCUCUCUCUCUCUCCCCACUAUAUUGGUUCAUUUCACUUUCUCUCUCUCUCUCUCCCCACUAUAUUGGUUCAUUUCACUUACUCUCUCUCCCCUCACGAUAUUGGUUCAUUUCACUUUCUCUCUCUCUCCCCACUAUAUUGGUUCAUUUCACUUUCUCUCUCUCUCACCCCACUAUAUUGGUUCAUUUCUUUUCUUUCUCUCUCUCUCCCCCCCCACUAUAUUGGUUCAUUUCACUUUCUCUCCCCCACUAUAUUGGUUCAUUUCUCUCUCUCCCCACUAUAUUGGUUCAUUUCUCUCUCUCUCCCCACUAUAUUGGUUCAUUUCUCUCUCUCUCCCCACUAUAUUGGUUCAUUUCUCUCUCUCUCCCCACUAUAUUGGUUCAUUUCUCUUUCUCUCUCCCCACUAUAUUGGUUCAUUUCUCUUUCUCUCUCCCCACUAUAUUGGUUCAUUUCUCUUUCUCUCUCCCCACUAUAUUGGUUCAUUUCUCUUUCUCUCUCCCACUAUAUUCGUUCAUUUCUCUUUCUCUCUCCACUAUAUUGGUUCAUUUCUCUUUCUCUCUCCCACUAUAUUGGUUCAUUUCUCUUUCUCUCUCUCCACUAUAUUGGUUCAUUUCUCUUUCUCUCUCUCCACUAUAUUGGUUCAUUUCUCUUUCUCUCUCCACUAUAUUGGUUCAUUUCUCUUUCUCUCUCUCCACUAUAUUGGUUCAUUUCUCUUUCUCUCUCUCCACUAUAUUGGUUCAUUUCUCUUUCUCUCUCUCCACUAUAUUGGUUCAUUUCUCUUUCUCUCUCCACUAUAUUGGUUCAUUUCUCUUUCUCUCUCUCCACUAUAUUGGUUCAUUUCUCUUUCUCUCUCUCCACUAUAUUGGUUCAUUUCUCUUUCUCUCUCUCACUAUAUUGGUUCAUUUCUCUUUCUCUCUCUCCACUAUAUUGGUUCAUUUCUCUUUCUCUCUCUCCACUAUAUUGGUUCAUUUCUCUUUCUCUCUCUCCACUAUAUUGGUUCAUUUCUCUUUCUCUCUCUCCACUAUAUUGGUUCAUUUCUCUUUCUCUCUCUCCACUAUAUUGGUUCAUUUCUCUUUCUCUCUCUCCACUUUACUCGUCCGGUUCUCUGUCUGUUUCUCUACACACUUUACUCAUUUGGUCCUCUCUCUCUCUCUCACUGCACACUUAUCUAGCUCUCUCUUUUCCACUCUUCACAGUUUACUCAUCUACUUCUCUCUCUCUCUCUCUACAAUUUACUCAUCUGCUUCUCUCUCUCUUAUUUUCAAACUUACCCAAAACUUAUUUUUAG